AUGAAUCAGCAACGCCACGCACGGUGUCCUUCGUCAACAACAAACGAAACCCUAACCUCACCACCUCCUACGUCAAUUCCUUCGGAUCUGGUUGUUGAAAUACUGUGCAGAUUACCGGUAAAGUUUCUUCUUCAAUUUCGAUCCGUCUGCAAGUUUUGGAAUUCUCUUAUCUCCGAUUCCAAAUUCGCUAACAAGCAUCUUCACCAAUCAACCACUCACAGAAUCAACUCCGUUUAUUACUCCUAUUUUCUACGCAGGCACGUUUUUGAGUCUUACCCACUUGACUCCAUUUUCUCUAACAUAUACACUAAUGCCACUCAGCUCGAGUGUCCUCCCAACAGUUUUGAUGUAGAUUACUACCCUCUCGAACGUGCAUUUGACCGUUUAUAUUCCAUUGUUGCCUGUUUCAAUGGUAUCGUUUGUCUUGCAUACUCUUAUGAUUGUUUUGUUCUAGUGUGGAAUCCUUCCACUGGAAAAUUUAAAGAAUUACCCUAUCCUGACAAGCCAAAAUUUUAUUAUAUCACUAUCCUAUCAUAUGGUUUUGGCUAUGAUAAUGUUAAUGAUAAUUACAAGGUAGUCGUUGUUUUUCCGUAUUCUGUCGACAAAACUCAUGUGAUGGUUCAUACUCUUGGUACUAAUUUUUGGAAAAGUGUUGAAAAGUUUCCUUUUGGUUGUGACCCUCUUGGGCGAUCGGGGACAUUCGUUAGCGGUACGAUUAAUUGGUUGCCUUUUAAGGAUAAGAGAGUUAUGUCUUUUAUUGUUUCUUUUGAUUUGAGAACGGAGUCUUAUAGAAAGAUUUUGCAGCCCGAUUACGGAGAGUUUGUGCCAGAGGCAGAGUUGUUAUCCUUAGGUGUGUUGAGAGAAUGUUUGUGUCUAAUUUCUUAUCAUAGUGUUUGGAUUAUGAAGGAAUUUGGAAACAAAGAUUCUUGGACUAAGAUUUUCACUAAUACCUAUAACUCUUGUUUUUGCUUGACUAAGGCAAUAUAUAUGUUUGAGGAUGACCAACUCUUGCUUGAAGCUUCUUAUAGUCGGGUCAACAAAAAGUUGAUUCUUCAUGAUCCAAAAACUGGGACUACUAAAUUUAUUAAUUUUAAAAACAAGAGUACUCUUGAUUCAAGUCCAGAAGUCUGUGUUGAGAGUUUAAUAUCGCCUUGGUCUUAA